CACCACCACCGUCGUUGCCGCCGCCGCCGUCGUCGGGGCAAUGUCUCUCGAGACACGUUCGAGCUCGGCCCUGUUCAAGCGAGCCGAACAGCUCAAGCGUUGGGAGCAGUCCGAGACGAAUCGCGAGCCCACGCAACCGCGCCAAGUCGCGCGCAAGAUCAAGUUCUCCGCCGAUAUCGUGUUCCUGGCGGCGUGCGCGGCCAGCGACAAGGAGGAGGUCGUGCGUUUGCUGCAGAGGGGAGCGGACAUCAACACCGGGAACGUCGACGGUCUCACUGCGUUGCACCAGGCUUGCAUUGAUGAUGACCUGGAUAUGGUGGAGUUUUUGGUGGAACAAGGAGCGGAUAUCAAUCGUGGAGAUAAUGAAGGCUGGACCCCUUUACAUGCCACAGCAUCUUGUGGAUUCAUAUCUAUUGCUAAAUACUUAAUAGAACAAGGAUGUAAUCUGGCAGCAGUAAACAAUGACGGUGAACUGGCGCUGGAUAUUGCAGAAAGCGACGAGAUGGAAGACAUGCUCCAACAGCAUAUAAAUAAAGCAGGCAUCGAUUGUGAUCAAGCUAGAAGCGAAGAGGAACGGUCAAUGUUAAAUGAUGCAAAAGCUUGGCGGUCAGGUGCACCAGGCAAAGAUUCCAUGCAUCCGAGAUCAGGAGCCACGGCACUUCAUGUCGCCGCUGCCAAAGGCUACAUCAAAGUCAUGCACAUAUUACUACAAGCUCGAUGCAAUGUUGAUGCACAGGACUUUGAUGGAUGGUCGCCUUUGCACGGUGCAGCGCAUUGGGGUCAACUGGAAGCUUGCAAACUUCUUGUUGAGAACGGCUGUGAUAUGGAUAUGAAAAAUUACGCCGAUCAAACUGCUUUUGAUAUUGCUGAUGCAGACAUCCUCAAAGCUCUUGAAAAUUUGAGAGAGCAACAAGCACUUAUCAAAGAAAAUUCACAAACAAAUAACAAAAAGCAAUCGUCUAUACCAAAGAAACGUUUCUCAACGAGUGCUGAUAAUGCGGUAGCGGCACAAGAAUCUACAGAAAUCUUUGAAGAAGAAACGCCAAAUAAAGUUAAGAAGGUUGAAUUAGAGAUUCAAUCUGAUAAAGAAGAUUCCAGCACUAGUACAAACAGCGACGUUGAAGCAACACGUGAAACACACAUGGAAGAGAGUGAUGGUGAAGGUGAAUCUGAGACUAGCUCAGAAUCACACUCUUCCACUUUCUCCAAUCAAUCUGAUAAGUCUAACCAUGCGACAUGUCUUACAGAUGACGAAAAGAAAAAUAGAGUAAACAAAGAUGAAAGUGCACCCCAUAGUCCAAUAUCUCCAGUUGAAACUAAUAAAGUUCCUAAUCAGGCUCCAAUAUUGCCUCCAAAACAACAGACUGAUAAUAAUGAGGACGGUGUUGUACCAUCUUGGAGACGUUCAGGUUCCUUCCGAAAUAGAAUGCAAAGUACUGAAACUACUAAUUCUGCAUCUACAAAACUUGAAGAUAAGGAUAACAAUAUUAAAAUACCAACAACACCAAACAAAGUUAGUGGAGAAUCCGAUGUGGUAUUAAGAAGAACGCAUAGUUUCGAGACAGAUGAGAAGUUUUAUGAGCAGUAUUUGGCAUUACGUGCCCGCAUCAAGGCGUUCUCGUGUCCUACCCUCCAUCGCUGCAAUGCAGCUACUCCUACUCACACCAAUGCUACGACUCGCUCUGCAUCUCUACGCGAAACACACAGAAAGAAAGACGUGAAAUUAAAUUUGGAAUUAUCAAGACUGCCACAAGGAAGCAAUACACUUUCACCAACAUCUGCAUCUAAAACAUUGGCAUCGAGUCUAUUGUCAUCUAUCACAACAACUACCACUGCCACUACAACAACAAGUCCUAUUCCAGUCAAUCAAAUUCGCAGUGUUCAACCAGUGGAAGCUGCAUCUACAAUUGUAUCAAAUACAAAUAAUGCAGUAGCAACUGCUCCUGGAACUCCCACUACACCAGGAGGGAGCAAGCUAAGUCCAGGAAAUCUCUUCAAGAAUUUCUUCAAAUCCUUCGUUCCACCCGUACGCGAUGAAGAAAGUGAAACUCAAAGGAAAGCCCAUGCAAAGAGAGUAAGAGAAACGAGAAGAUCUACUCAAGGUGUGACAUUGGAUGAGAUUAAGAGUGCCGAACAAUUAGUGAAGAAAAAGCAACAGAACAACGAAUUGCCAACAUCAACACCAUCCACGCAGCCUUCUACUACUACUACUACAACUACUACUACUACUACUACUACUACUACUACUACUACUACUACUACUACCACCACCACCACCGUCAGCAAUACAGCUUCGAUCACAGCUACGAUAACAACCGCAACCUCCACUACUGUGACUCCUGUGAAUAAAGUUUCUGAAGAAUCUAAUUUACCUGAGAGACGACCGUCUUGGAGAUUAAGGGUAGACAAUGGAAGCAAGUUUCAGUUAGAGGAUGCUAAUAAUAAACCUACUGACAAUACGACGGCCUAUAUGAGAAGACCGUCUGGUGGAACUGGUGUACCUAGACCAUCAUCAGCGCCUGUAGAGACUAUUGCCACUAGUAGUACAGAAACCACAGUUACUUUACCCCUUAGAAGAUCGUUAAAGCAACCUGAUGACAAAGAACAAGAUAAGGAAAAUGAUAGUAGAAACGCACAAGCUACACAAGCAGUUAUUCAAAGGAGACGUCGGCCUAAGAGAAGAUCGACAGGCGUAGUCCAUGUAGAUAUGGAUGAAAUUGACCCAGAAAAGCAAGAUCUAACUGCUGGUGGUGAUUGCGAUGAUUCCAAAAUCAAUCACAACGAAAGCGGAAACGAUCGUUCUGGGAGAGCCACUAGAUUAGGUUCGAUAUCUUCGCUAUCAUCAGAAGCCUCAUCAACACCAAUCAGAUUAAAAUCCAAUAGUUCCGAAAACGGUGAAUUAGAUUAUAAAAAAUUAUACGAGGAAUCUCAAGUCGAGAAUGAAAGGUUAAAGGAUAAACUGAAGCGCUCCGACGAACAAUUAAAGGAAGUUAGGCAUUUAUUGGAAAAAAUGCAAAUCAACCAAAAUAAAGUAAUUCUCUCUGAGGCAGAGAAAAGGGAAAGGCGAGCCAUGGAGAGGAAACUUUCAGAGAUGGAAGAAGAAUUGAAGGUGAUGGACCAACUAAAAUGCGAAAAUCAGAGGCUAAAAGAUGAAAAUGGUGCCUUGAUCAGAGUAAUCAGCAAAUUAUCCAAAUAAAAAAAUCUUGUAGUCUCAACUACACAUCGUAAUGAAAUUUUAAGUUGUAUUACAACUAUGUUGAAUGAAUUGCUUUAAUUAUAGCAGCAUCAUCAUUAUCGCUAGUAUUCUUACAAAUCUUGCGUCAUGCUAUCGAUGAAUUUAUCUUUAUAGUUAUUUAACUUAUUCCAAUUAUGAGAUCAAUUAAUCGCAUGGCUGUGCCAAAGGCGAAAAGAAAUGUUACUCCUAUUCUUAGAUUGUGAAUACUUGAUUGUAAAAGACUUAGAGGAAUUUUACUUUGUGGAAUUACUUUUUAUAAUGUCAGAAAGAUAAAUUUUAUAAUCCACUAUAUAAAAUCAAUUUAAUGCUUUAUAGUAAAAAAAAGUCAGGUUUAUUUUAUUUGACUAUUAGAAAAGAAAGAAAAGAACUGUUAAUCUUUACGGACAGUUUUCUUUUUUAACAAAUCGCGUUAUCAAUGUUGAUUCUUUAUAAGAACAUUUUGUAAAUACAAACAAAUAGACAAUGGUGAUGUGGCAUUUUAGUAAUUUGAAAAAAAGAAUUUUUACUCGCGAAGUAAGUUUUUGUGAAACACUCUGACUACAUACAAACAAAUCCAUAAUAUAUCGAAACUGUUUACAUUCGAAGCAAUAAACGAUAUAUCUGUUACUCCUGAUUAAAUUACGGUGAUAAAGGAGUCAAAGAACAUGACCUUGCUACUCAAGUGGCCUUUUUCUGAAGACUGCAAUUUGUAAAUCCUUCCAUCAUUGCCAUUUUUGCAGUAUAAGCAGAAAUUUGAUGCAUAUACGGGAGUAAAUGUUUUUAAUUACUCUGUAAUAUAAUACAUUUUCUUAUAUAAUAUCACAGAUAUGUAAAAUAUACUUUAGACACAUCGGGAUUUUUAACUCCUUAAAGUGCUAAAAUUACUGUAUGUUAGAGCUGUGGUAACUUCAGUUCAAACUGUUGAUGUAGAAAAUCUGUGUUAUUAUUUUUAACUACUUGUCCAAUAUAAAAUGCUGUUACCUAUUAUUUUCUUAUAGCAACACCAAUAAUGAUUGUCCAAUAUGUUCUGGAUAAAGACGAAUUUAUAAAUAUUGAAUAAUGGAAUGUGUAAUUGACAGUUGGCAUGUUUUUUAAUGAUAUUAUUGUAAACAAUUGUAAAAAAAU